AUGGGUAGCUUGCCUGUUUUUUUGGAAAAGGGGACAUUGCCUGUUGCAACCCAUGAGUUCUUGAAUCCUCUAGACCAUGAGCAAUUUAGAAAGCAAGCCCAUUUGGUGGUUGAUUUCUUAGCAGAUUACUACUCAAAUAUCGAGAAAUAUCCUGUUUGUAGCCAAGUUAAACCUGGUUUUCUCACAGAAACUAUGCCCGAUUCACCACCAWYCCAACCUCAACCYSUUGAAGCUAUAUUGCAAGAKGUACAAAAGCAYAUAMUUCCAGGMAUAACCCAUUGGCAAAGYCCWRGUUUUUUUGSUUACUUCCMAUCYARUKKAAGCACUGCAWMCUUUCUUGGMGAAAUGCUACUYACRGGCUUURAYAYAGUAGGGUUUAACUGGUUGGCAUCUCCUGCUGCCACCGAGCUAGAGAUGGUUGUCAUGGAGUGGCUUUUGAAGCUUGUUCAACUUCCUAAAUCAUUCUCCUUUUCUAGCGAUGGUGGGGGUGUGAUGCAUGGCACUACAUGCGAGAGCUUCGUAUGCACAUUGGUUGCUGCUAGAGAAAAAAAGUUGAGCCAGAUUGGGAAUAAUAGGGGAGACACCUUAGGGAAGCUUGUAGUGUACUGCUCCGAUCAAACACACUGUUCUCUCCAAAAGGCGAGCCAAAUCGUUGGGAUCAGUCCGAACAAUGUCCGGGCUAUCCGCACAACCAGGUCCAUGAAUUUCCAGAUGUGCCCAGAUGCGUUGUUGAYGACUAUCGAAGAAGAUGUUAGAGCAGGGUUGGUGCCAUUGUAUUUAUGUCUCACAGUAGGAACGACACAAACAACAGCAGCUGACCCAAUUGGUAUCUUGUGUGAAGUUGCAAAGAAAUUCAAUCUAUGGUCUCAUGUUGACGCUGCUUACGCAGGAAAUGCAUGCAUAUUACCAGAAUUCCGUCAUUUUCUUGAUGGAAUAGAAGGUGCAAACUCCUUCAGUUUCAAUGCUCACAAAUGGUUGUUGACCUCUUUAGGUUGUUGUUGUCUUUGGGUUAAAGAUCGCACCGACCUUACAAAAUCUCUCUCGACUGAUCCUGAAUACUUGAAGAAUAAAGCAACUGAUACGAAGCAAGUGGUGGACUACAAAGACUGGCAGAUUACUCUGAGUCGACGGUUUCUGUCAAUGAAGUUAUGGAUGGUGAUGAAAAGCUAUGGAGUUUCAGGACUAAGAGAGUUCAUAAGAAGGCAUGUGAAUAUGGCCAAGCAUUUUGAAGCACUUGUGUGUGGAGACAAGAGAUUUGAAGUUGUAGUUCCUAGGAACUUUGCUACCGUGUGUUUUAGAAUUGCACCAUCGAGUGAAGGUAGCAACGAAGAAGACGUAAAUCAGUUGAACCGGAAGCUGUUGGAAUCGUUGAAUGGGACGGGGAGUGUUUACAUGACACACGCGGUGGUCGAAAAUAUUUACGUGAUUCGGGUGGCAAUUGGUGCAACGCUUACAGAAGAGAAACAUAUUAAUAAGUUGUGGGAUAUGGUGCAAGAACAUGCGAAUACUUUGCUUGCAUGCUAAUUAAGAAGUUGAGUCUCAUGCAACUAAAUUCCAAUUAAACCAUGUUUAAAGGGAAUAAGAUCGAUUGAUCAUUAUAUUCUUUCCAUAAUAAAUUCAAAAGUUUUU